AUGUCCGACCAAGUGCAAGAAAUCCUCGACGUCCCUCGCGAGUUCCUCAAGGACGGCAUCCAGUUCAUCCACAAGGCCCAGAAGCCCGACCAGAAGGAGUUCCUCAAGAUCUCGCAAGCCGUUGGCGUCGGUUUCCUCAUCAUGGGCGCCGUCGGCUACUUCGUCAAGCUCAUCCACGUUCCCCUUAACAACAUCCUCGUCGGUGGCGCGUAA